UUGCUUCAAAACCAAAGGAACAGCUGUAUGCUGCCACCAGAGGGCAACGGGAAGGGCAUGAACAUUCCUCCCCACCUGGUUUUUUUUCUGACAGGCUGCGGGUCCCUGACCCCCAGCUUGAGACCCUGUCCUGUUCUCCCUCCCACCCCACCCAGUGCCCCUCCUCAGCAGCCAGGCUUGUCCUGUCUCCCCAUCCCCCAGUCUCUAUCCUGUCACUGCCUCUGUCCCUCUCAGCAGCUUGGAUAAGAUCAUAGGGGCUGAGUACAAACUCCAGACCACCAUCCACCUCCCAGUCCUGGGACACCCUCUGCACACUUGGAGCAUAGCCCCCAGCGUCCUGAACCCCUGCCCUCCUCUGGGUGCCCAUUGCUCGGUAUCCACCCUGGCUGGCCAGGGUUCUGUGCCUCUGUACCGAAGACAAAGACCUCAAAGCCCACCCAUGGAGUAUAAGAGGCAAGGGUCUUUUUUUUUUUUUUUUUGAGUCUUCAUUUUCUUUCUUUCUUUCUUUCUUUCUUUCUUUCUUUCUUUCUUUCUUUCUUUCUUUCUUUCUUUCUUCCUUCCUUCCUUCCUUCCUUCUUUCUUUCUUUCUUUCCUUUCUUUCUCUCUCUCUCUCUUUCUUUCUUUCUUUUUUUUUUUUAAAGAUUUUAUUUGACAGAGAGAGAGAGCCCAAGCAGGGGGUGGUUACAGAGGGAGAGGGAGAAGCAGGCUUCCUGCGGAUCAGGGAGCCCGAUGCGGGGCUUGAUCCCAAGACCCUGGGAUCAUGACCUGAGCCGAAGGCAGACACUUCACCGACUGAGCCACCCAGGCACCCCUAAGAGUCUUCAUUCUUAACCAGCUCCCUUAGUUAUACUUUAGUCACAUCUUUGUGGCUUAAACCAUUCAACCAGUCCCACACUGAGAGGCAUUCCUUACACUAAGUCCCUUGCACAGAUGGUGGGACAGUCCCUCAUUAGCAGGUCUUCCCAAGUAGGGUCAAGGGUGAAUCCCCACUGGUUUUCCAGGGUGUCUGCCUGCCUGCUCUCCUCCCCAGCACCUGGUGCCCAUCUGUCCCGUGGAGAAAUCAGAUGGAGACUGACCUUGAGGCUGGGCUUUGACAGUGACCUGCCCCAGGGGGCUGUGCUGAUGGCCCAGACCCUACCCCAACUGAUGCCUUGGCCAAGGUCAGGGGUCUGGCACAAACCUUGACAACCAGGUGAUGCUUCUGAGAGGCCUGUCCUGAUCUCCUCUCUGAUUUUUUUUUUUUUUAAGAUUUUAUUUAUUUAUUUGACAGAGAGAGACAGGGAGAGAGGGAACACAAGCAGGGGGAGUGCGGGAGGGAGAAGCAGGCUUCCCGCUGAGCAGGGAGCCCAAUGUGGGGCUCGAUCCCAGGACCCUGGGAUCAUGACCUGAGCUGAAGGCAGACGCUUAACGACUGAGCCACCCAGGCGCCCCAGACCCUCUCUGAUUCUCCUCUUAGGGACCUAAAGCUGUUUUGAGUUCUCUUGGACAUACAUCUGCCUGCUCCAGAGGGUAGAGGCUGAGGGCUAUGCUCCACACUAGCCAUGUCUGCCCUCCCUCCCCUGUGGCCCAGGCUUUGUCAGAAGCCAUGGCUGAGCUCAGCAUCCCUGGAUGCCCAGCACAAUGGUGAGUUUGCUUCAAGAAAUCCUCGAAGCAGCUUCCCCCAUCUGUCUUAGAGGCCUGGCUGGGCAGCCUCCAUGGACAAGUCCCUGUGGGUGACGGGGGCCAGUGUGAAUCUUUGAGGAUGUGUUCUCUGGGGUUCUUGCUGGUGCCUGUCAUACAGGAGCCCAGGCAGCUCCUGGUUCUCACCAGUCAUUGCUUGCCCAGAGCAGGGCUGAAGGGUGUGUCUCCAGCUUCCCAGUGUCCCUGGUGUGGCCGGACCCUCAGAGGCUGUACACAUGUUCAGACCAGGGGAUUCUGGCCAUCUAAGGACUUGCUUGGUUGGGAUGGAUCAGAGCUAUGGCCCCAGCUCACAGUGAGGGGCAGAACCAGAGCCGGUCUAGAAAUGAGGUGAUGGGUUCACCACCACAGGGCCUCUGUCCUGGAAAACCUUUGCUCCCUCUAAGGAACUCCAUGCUUUUUCCUUAUGAUUACUAAGGAAUCUCAUAAAUAACCAUGUUUUCCUUUUCACUUGGGCUGCUGGGAAGCUCAGUCAUAUCUAAUUAACUCCACUGAGAGUCCAAGGCCUGGUCAGCCGAGGUCAUCUGGUCAUCCCAUCUGCCACCCGGUCUCACAGUUACUUGGCCUGAAUUUCAGUGACUGUGGGGCGGGGCCCACAGCACUACACACAUCAAUUCCCUGGCUUGUACCCUCCCCCUGAAUUGUGCCCUGUCCAGCAAACCACCCAGCAUCGCAUCACUGAGGACGUGGCAGACAUCUGGAGGGGAUGCUCACUCUGCCCCUCUGCUCCUCCCCAGCCCUCUACCGGCCAGGGCCAUCCCUCCAACUGAGUGCAGUCUGGCCAUUCCCAGGGACCUCCAGCAGCAAAGGUGACAACUGAAUUGCUCAUGCUUGUGCCCUGACCUGUUCUCAGUGCAUGAGGUUUAUCAACUGACGACACCCCGAAAGGAGCCCUGUAAGGCAGACAAUAUUAACAUCUCCAUUUCACAGAUGGGGACACUGAGGCACAGAGUGGUCAGUGAUUUAUCUGAAGCGCAGAGCUGGGGAUUCACAGCCGGCAGCUGCCUCCGGAGGCAGGGGCCGUGCCCACGCAGCCUCUCCAAGUCCCCGGGCAUCUUCCGACCCUCGCAUCCGCUACAGCUCCCUCCCACCUCCAGGCGCCACGCACCAGCGCUCAGAGGCCACGAUUCAGGCCAGAGUGCGCAGGGGGUCCGCGCAGGCUUGCGGGGGGCGUGGGGUCGGGAGUCCUCCCGCGGGUCCGGCUGUCCCGGGACAGCGGAAGGUGGAAGAAGAGGGCUCCGAGUGGGUGGAGACAGGGGCGGGACUCGAACGUGCCCCUAUGGGUCCUACAUAGUCGGACCACCCGCCGCUCCGGGGCGGGGGGUCGGGUAGGGACAAACCUGGGGUCGCGUCCGGCCCGGCACGUUCGUUCUGCUGGCGCGCUACCGCAGCGCCCUCCGCCGGCUAACCGGCUCGCGCGGGGGCUUGUGGGACUGCGAGUCUUUCGGCCCAGUCGGCCUCCGGCGACGGCCCGCGUCAGGACUACACUCCCCAGGAAGCCAUGCAAAUCUGCGUGUCUUCUGGGAGUUGUGGUCCAGGGCGGGGCCGGUGCGCGCGAGGUGGGCGGCCGUGGGAACUACAUGUCCCACGAUGCAGCGCGGCGACCGCGGGGGCCGGGGGUUUGAACGGAGGGUCUCCCGCCCGCGGUAGGGCUGCGUCGGCUGUGACGGGUGCGGGCGACGGCGACGAUCGGGGCGGGGGUCCAGGCCCGGAGGCUGAGGCUGGCGCGGCGGGCGCUGGGGGCCUUGCCCCCGAGGCGAUGAUGGGCAAGGAAGAGGAGAUUGCGCGGAUCGCCCGGAGGCUGGACAAGAUGGUGACCAAGAAGAGUGCGGAGGGAGCCAUGGACCUGCUGCGGGAGCUGAAGGCCAUGCCUGUCACGCUGCACCUGCUGCAGUCUACGCGGGUCGGCAUGUCUGUCAACGCCCUGCGGAAGCAGAGCUCCGAUGAGGAGGUCAUCGCGCUGGCCAAGUCUCUCAUCAAGUCCUGGAAGAAGCUCCUGGAUGCUUCAGAUGCCAAAGCCAGGGAGCAGAGGAGGGGCGGGCCUCUGCCCACAUCGUCCUCGAAGGAGGCCCCCGAGGCCAAGGAUCCCAGCCGCAAGAGGCCAGAGCUGCCCAGGAUGCCAUCGGCCCCAAGGAUCACCACGUUUCCCCCGGUGCCGGUCACCUGCGAUGCUGUGCGUAGCAAGUGCCGCGAGAUGCUGACCGCUGCCCUGCAGACAGACCAUGAUCACAUGGCCGUUGGUGCAGACUGCGAGGGCCUGUCGGCCCAGAUUGAGGAAUGCAUCUUCCGGGACGUGGGGAACACGGACAUGAAGUAUAAAAACCGUGUGAGGAGCCGCAUCUCCAACCUCAAGGACGCGAAGAACCCUGACCUGCGACGGAACGUACUGUGUGGCGCCAUAACACCCCAGCAGAUCGCCGUGAUGACGUCGGAGGAGAUGGCCAGUGAUGAGCUGAAGGAGAUCCGGAAGGCAAUGACCAAGGAGGCCAUCCGAGAGCACCAGAUGGCCCGCACGGGAGGCACACAGACGGACCUGUUCACCUGCGGGAAAUGCAGGAGGAAGAACUGCACCUACACGCAGGUGCAGACCCGCAGCUCUGAUGAGCCCAUGACCACCUUUGUCGUCUGCAAUGAGUGUGGAAAUCGCUGGAAGUUCUGCUGAGCCCUCCUUGAGAUGUGUGUGAAGCCUUGGGCUGUGGCCAGCACAUUGCCAUAGCCUUCCUUGUGUCCUGUCGACAGACUCCGCUUCUUGAGACCUACCCUGUGCCCACCUGAACUUCCCCAGAGGGCUGUGCACCCUGCUCUCCCAUCUUGCCUGCAGUACACCUUUCUUCCUUUCCCCCCAAAUUAUUAAAUGUUUCUUUUUGCCAU